AUGGGGUUUGUGUGUCAAUGGUAUAUCACAAGGCUCUUCCUUGUAGCUUUAAGUGCUUUCGGAAUAUAUUUUUGGUUUUCUUUCCCGUUUUUGAAUCUGACUGGAAGUUUGAUAAGAGAUAUCAGAUGGGGUGAGGUUAACUUUAUACAUACGACAGAUACACAUGGAUGGUAUUCUGGACACUUAAACCAAAAGCAAUACCAUGCUAAUUGGGGAGAUUUCAUAUCAUUCACUACUCGCUUAAAGGAAAUAGCAAAUUAUAAGGAUGUGGAUUUGUUGUUAAUAGAUACUGGUGAUAGACAUGAUGGGAAUGGGCUAACUGACGUUACUGAACCUAAUGGUAAGAUGGCCUUACCUAUAUUUAUUAAGCAAGACUAUGACUUGGCAACAAUAGGGAAUCAUGAGCUAUACUUGUGGGAGAAUUCUAAGCAAGAAGCUGACGUGGUUGUUGCUCACUACGGUACGAACUAUGUUUGCUCCAAUGUUGAAUAUAUUUCUAAAAAUGGUACUUUGGUACCAUUUGGUCAGAAAUACAAGUAUUUUGUCACUCCAAAAAAAGGAUACAAGGUCCUUGCCUUUAGUUUCUUGUUCAAUUUUAAUAGAAACAAUGAUAAAACCAAAGUAUACCCUAUUGAGGAAAUCAUUCAUGAGCACACAUGGUUCCAAGAAACUAUCAAGGCACAUCCUCCAGAGGCUGUUGAUGUUUUAAUCAUAUUUGGCCAUAUACCUAUAACACACGAAUGGAAAGAAUUAUAUAACUUGCAUCUCUUCUUACGCAAGUUUUAUCCAAACACUAUUAUCCAGUAUUUUGGUGGCCAUAGUCAUAUAAGAGAUUUUACAGUCUUUGAUGGUAACCUGUCUGGCUUACAAAGCGGGAGAUUUUGUGAGACGGUGGGCUGGGCGAGUGUCAACGUCGAUGUGGCUUCUGAUGAUGUCACGGAGAAGUUUUCCAGAUCUUAUAUUGAUUUUAACUUGAACUCUUUUAUGCAUCAUUCCAAAGCUAAUAAUCUCGAGAGUUUUCAUACUGAGGAAGGUCAAAAUGUCUCUAAGCUUAUUAAAGAUACCAGAAAGAAGCUCCAGCUACACAAGGUUAUAGGUUAUGUUGCAGAGAACUAUUAUUUGGAUUACGUUCCUGUGAGUCACCCCAAAAGUAUCUUCCUGUUACUCACGUCACAGAUAUUACCCACAUUGCCUCAAAAUGGUUCCACUAAUGAUCGAAUCAUUAUUAUAAAUACAGGUUCCAUUAGAUACGAUAUGUAUAAAGGGCCUUACACGAUUGAUAGCCAAUAUAUUGUAUCACCAUUUGAAAACUUGUGGGUUAAAUUGUCCGUCCCAAAGCGAAUUGCUCUCAAGAUAUCUCAUAUUCUAAACAAACAAGGAUAUAUAUUUCCUUCAGAAUAUCCUGACAGCUCUGACUGCAAUCCAUUGUUGCCAGUGCACCAAUAUUUUAUGCGUUUGGAGGAAUCCAGCAUAAGGAAGAGGCAAGAGCAUUUCACUUAUCCAAUUCUUAAACUCAGUAGAUUAGACAGGGUCAAACUACACUCUGGAAGUGGUAGAAAAAAGCUUCCUAAAGGUUAUGUAACUUGUGAUGAUUUUGGUUGCGACGGAGACGAUACUGCUCAUAAACCAGUUGUCAACUUUCCAAUCCCUAGUGUUGUCCAAGCAACACAGGUUUCGGAUAGCGUCCCCGAUGAGAAAAAGAUUGACGUGAUUUUUUACAAUUUCAUUGAACCCAAUGUUAGGUGGGCCCUUAAGCAAUUGAAGUACAAUGCCACUGACGAAGUUACCCAAUAUUCGGACAAAUAUUUAGGUUUACUUUUAAACGAAUACGUCAGAACAACCACUUAA